CGGUAGGUAGGUUAGCGACGGACCGUUUCCCCUCUGCCCUCACUCAAUAUGUCUGCGUCUUACAGGCGAGAGCAGCGAAGCGCUGAGACAAAAUGGCCGCUGAGAGCGGGAGGGGGCGCUCUAGCGCGGCGUCUCUGUGUUCUCCUGAGCGUGCUGGCGGAUUUGAGCCUCGCCGAGUUUGAGGCUGAGAGCGAGUGGGGGCCAAGAGAACCGCUGGGAGGGAAGGAGGGAGCCUCGAAGUUCACACGGCCGCCUCAGUGACUUUUGCCCGGGAGCUGCCUAUGCUUCUCCGGAAGCUUCUGCUCGAAUCCUCCGUCCUGCCUCAUCCUAUUGCUCUCUCCUUGCUCUUUCCGCGUGUGUGUCCGCGCCUUCUCCCUACGACUUCCCUCCGAAACCUGUCUCGGCUUCGGUCCUUUUUUUUUUUAAUCCCGUUCUUCUGCCUAUGCACCCCCCUCCCCCCCCCACGUCUGCCUCCCUCUAUUUUCCCAGUGGGGAAAAAGGCUCUCUUUUCCUUUCGCCUCAGUCAGAAUCGCGUCUCUGGGUCCUCUGAAACAGCUGCAGAGGUUCAACUCCUCAGCCCCCCCCCCCCACAAGUCCCAGGAAGGUAGCUCGCCUUUCGCUUCUUCUCCAGCCCCGGUUUUUCCAAUUUCCCCGUCUCUCCUGGAUUGUGGGUGCUCCUCCCUUCCCUGUUUGCCCCACCGAGUCUCUACCGGGAAGAUCCUAUCCAGUCCUGGCUGCUUACCUGUAAACUAACUUUCUUUGGGACUGCCAGACGGGGAGACCCCUCUCUCCCCUCUCUGGAACUAUCCCUGUUGUCUAGAGAAAUUGACUCUCCUCCUGUGUCCGUCUUCCCUGUUUGGUCUGUAACCAUAUUGCAUUGCUUCAUUGCUUGUUGCCUUCGCUGCCUAAUCGUAUUGAGGACAGUCCUCUAGACUAUCUUUUUUCCCCCUUUCUUUCUUUCAAUAAACGUAAACAUCUCUUUUUCUCUCUGACCAACUUCUUUGGCCUGUGAUAUUUCCCAGUCGUUGAUAAUCGGUGUGACGGUUUCUUUUGAGGACUUUCUGACUCCUGGAGGCAAACGCCCAGCCUUGACUCCAUAGUUUUAUGUCUUACUGAAGGGCUUUUCCCUCACCUAAUGUUUUAAGUGGUGCUGCUGCUGCUGCUUUGAAUGUAACUUUUUCUGAUUACCCUAAUAAUUGGAAAACGGGCAAGACUUUCCUAAUUGGAAUUCAUCACCAUCUCAGUGCAGUGUGGGUGAUAACUAGUAUUUGGAGAACUAAAGAGGAGGAUGCCAAGGAAACUGCUGUUACCUUAUAAAUCUGUGUUUUCUCACUCUCGAGUUCGAAGGGGGUUGCAUGAUUCUUUGGCAAUGAAUGCAGCCAGAAGUGGCUACCGGGUCUUCUCAGCAAAUUCCUCAGCAGCCUGCACAGAACUGGCCAAGAGGAUCACUGAGCGUCUUGGUGCUGAACUUGGAAAAUCUGUGGUGUACCAAGAAACCAAUGGAGAAACAAGAGUUGAAAUAAAAGAGUCAGUCCGAGGACAGGAUGUAUUCAUUAUUCAAACAAUUCCCAGAGAUGUGAACACUGCCGUAAUGGAACUGUUGAUCAUGGCUUAUGCACUGAAAACAUCCUGUGCCAAAACCAUCACAGGUGUAAUUCCCUACUUCCCUUAUAGCAAACAAAGCAAAAUGAGGAAGAGAGGCUCAAUAGUCUGUAAACUCCUGGCUUCCAUGUUGGCUAAAGCAGGUUUAAGCCACAUCAUCACUAUGGACCUUCAUCAAAAAGAAAUACAGGGUUUUUUUAGCUUUCCUGUUGAUAACUUGAGAGCAUCACCUUUCUUGCUUCAGUAUAUACAGGAAGAGAUUCCUGAUUAUAGGAAUGCAGUUAUAGUAGCAAAGAGUCCUGAUGCUGCUAAGAGGGCCCAGUCUUAUGCUGAGCGACUGCGGUUAGGCCUGGCAGUUAUCCAUGGAGAGGCUCAGUGCACAGAGCAAGACAUGGAUGAUGGACGGCACUCUCCUCCAACAGUAAAAAAUACUACCUUGUGCACUGGCCUGGAGCUACCCUUGAUGAUGGCCAAAGAGAAACCACCCAUAACAGUAGUUGGAGAUGUUGGAGGUAGAAUUGCCAUAAUUGUGGAUGACAUAAUUGAUGAUGUUGAAAGUUUUGUGGCAGCUGCAGAAAUCCUGAAAGAGCGUGGCGCUUACAAGAUCUUUAUCAUGGCCACUCAUGGUCUCUUGUCUGCUGAUGCCCCACGUCUAAUUGAAGAGUCCUCAAUUGAUGAGGUUGUGGUCACCAAUACAGUUCCUCAUGAAAUACAAAAACUGCAGUGUCCCAAGAUAAAGACUGUGGAUAUCAGCUUGAUCCUUUCUGAAGCUAUCCGUCGCAUCCACAAUGGGGAGUCUAUGGCUUACCUCUUCCGCAAUAUUACCAUGGAUGAUUAAAUUUAUUUUUUCCUCAUUCUGCCAUCAGUUUCCUCAAAGAGAACAAUAUGUAUAAGAGCAAGAGUGCCAUAAAAUUGAUAAGUGUGUUUUUAAAAAUAUAACAGGGCUGAGUAUUUUGAGCUGAGGUUCACAAAUCCUGCAUAGAGACUAGAUCAGGGUGCAGAUAGGCAUUGGAAUAUAUUGUUAAACUAUUUGAAUGAUGCAAGUUGUGGCUUUUUGCUCUUGUUAUAGCUUGUGUAUCAUGAGAGGCAAUUGGGAAAUGACUUUAAAGGUGCACUGAGAUUUGCUCUACAUGUCCUCAUGUCCAUGUACAUGUCCUCUACAUAUCCUCACAUCACACAAAAAUAUAUUUUCCUUGCCAUCUUUGGAACAAUUUUUAACAUUGUGGUAGCAGCAAGUUUUUCUCUUGUGAAAUGGUUUCCAGUGAUUCAGUUCCAUCAACAAUAAUAUAGUAUGAUGCUAUCUGGAUCCAAAGUUGAGGUAAAAAGUUGAAUGUGCUACCUCUUUUUUGUUACAGAGAAUAUGUUGCAAUCCUGACUAGCUGCUUGAAAGAGAAGCAUAGCAAUUCUAUAAUAUAAUGGUUACUGUAGUGUGUGCUAAAAUAUAUAGUUCAAUGGAAUUUGUACUCUGUUUGUGCAUGGCACAAGAUGGGAUAUUUUAGUUAGAAGAUAUGGAGAACUCAGUGCAACCCUAUCUUGUGCCAUACACAUCUUUAUUCACUGAUAUAGAAUGGUUAACCUAGUGAAAUGAACUCUGAUUUGUAGAGCACUAAGUUAGCAAUCACACACUACAGUAUUUUAACACUAAGGCCUUUGCUGAGAUGAUUGAGCCUCUUUUCCAGUGCAGUGAUUCUUGAGCAUUUUAUUAAACAUUAGCUUCUGGCUUGGAAAUGAAGCUAUCUACUUCCACACAGUUUCCUUUCCCCCCUCUGGUAUGUGUUUCUAGGACGCCAAAAUUUCAUCUCUUGAAUUUCCUCUACUCCAGAGGUCUCUUGGAAUUUGCUUGAUUAAUUCCUGCAUAGCUUCAGAGCUUCAGAAUAGAAAAUUAGAUCUUAAUGUCAUAUCUAUUGCAAGUUAUUUGAAUUAAGACUGAAUUACAUAUAUGGUAGCAAAAGGGAAGCAUGUUUUCCCUUUUCUACAGAACAGAUCUUGAAUUUUCUAAAAUAUAAGAGCAUUAACUUCCUUCAGAAAAGUUCAUGAAACCAGCCAUUCUUAAUGCUAUUUUAUUUCAACUUGUAUUUUGUUUGAAAAAGUCUAAAUCAUACUUACCUGCAUAGGCCAACAACCCAAAUUUGCUGUUGCAAUAGAAUAGGUGCAAGAGAUAGGAAGGCAAGAGGUUGAUUUGAGAAAAAUGCUGCCCACAAUGCAGAUAAGCCUAAACCAGACCAAAUUUUACUCAGCUUCCUUAAUCUAUAGUUUUUUGGAUUGGUUUGUUUUGUUUCUUUUGGGAUUUAUUGAUUCCUAUAUCUGCUCCAGUACUCUGUACCCUUUCACACUUAAAUUGGAGACAUUGUACUGGAACUGUUGUCCCCCCCCCCCCAUUAUUUUGCAUUUCCUAGUAUUCCUUAUCUUGCUGCUCUUCUAACCAUUCCGAUUCAUUUUGGCCUCUUCAACUUGAACAGUUCUUUGUCUUUUUAAAUUUGCUAUUAUCUGUCUUUUCGGUUUAGCAAAUUUUCCUUUUGGCAGCUUUGAUCAUUACAAGAAUGCCUAAAAUAGGGUAUCUGGAUCUUGAGUGUAAUGAUUAAAAUAGUGGGAAGACUUGUUUUCAAGAAAUUAUUGAUGCAUUUUUGUAUCUUUUCUCAUUAAUAUUGUUAUUACCUCAAACCUCUAAAAAGUACACAUGCAACCAUCAUUUUGCUCAUAGCCCAUUUGCUCAAACAGCUCUUUAUACUUCAACCCUUUAGAUAAAACAUUUCUCAGUUUGACCAUAUUGAAGUCAAGUGUUCUCUUUUCACAGGAUUUUUAGAAGUAUUUAAUACCAGGCAAGGUAUAAAACAACUUUUUGUUAUCUCAUUAAUAUCAUUAUUAAUUAUCCCAUUAUUGUAAUUUUCUUAUUAACAGUGUUAAUCACUUAAUGGUAUUAUAGCAUCUUAUAUAUUAUUGUCCGAGACUUCAUGAUCAUGGAAAUAUUGUUCAUUGCUUUAUUGUGUAUUGUUCUCAUAUUCUUUAAAGGAAGAGAAACAAAAAGAUACUACUUUAUAGCCAACCUAGUCCCAAAACAUGGGUAAAUAUGAAUCUUAAGAGCAUUUAAUUAUAUCAAAAGCACAGUCAUAGCAAUGGUGAAGCAAUAUAUGUUGGCACAACUAAUUAAGUGCCUUAACUGUGGGAUGGUGAUUCUAAUUCACGUCAGUGAUUGCCAGAAGAGAUUUGACAUUGUCUUCUAGACAGAUUAACCAAAAACAACUCAUGUUCUCUCAGAAGGUAUCGCUGCAUGACUUAUCAAAAAUAUAGGCAACAUUAUGUAGCAUUCUUUCUUCGUCUACUAUUGAGAAAAGGGACCUAUCCUUAAUUUCCCUUACAUUUUUCCACCCAUCAAAGCAUAUUUAAGUAACUUCUAAUUCAUAUUCAGGGACAAAGAAGACUGGAAGUCCAGUUUUGGCUGUUCAGCAAACCAAUCCCUUUGUUUAUAUAUACCAGUUUACAACUUAGCUACCUUUUUACAUAUCUCUCAUGAGUGCAGAGAUAUGUAAACCUCCACAUGGGAACAUCUUGUUCUUAUUUCAGUCUGGUUAACAAAUCAGAGUAUUCUGAACUAAAAAGCAAUAUUUUGGGAUAGUUUCAGAAAUCAUAAAUGAUGACUGAUUUAGAAAAGCCAUGUUUAAUCCAUUGCUAUGAUUUUCAUGGAUUGGUCUUAGGUUCAAAAUUCAAACACUUUUGAUUUUAAGUCUUUACUUUUUAAGGGUAAACUGCAUUGACUGAUCUGUAGGUGAAAUCCAAAAAUGUGAUUUCUAAACUCCAGCAAAUGGAGAUUUAUGCUGCAUGCUUAUUACCUGUUGUACAACAAUCAAAUCCAUCCAUAUAUAGUCCAGUAAAAAUGUAGAUCUAUGCAAAUACUGCAGCAUUAAAACAAUAUUUGGGAUUUUGAUCUGCUUUAAGCAAAUUGUCAGGGUCAUGAAGUUCAGGUCAUGGAUUCCAGAGCAAGAAAUGAUGACUGAUUAGGAUUAAAGUAGCAUAAAUAAGUCAAGAAUGGCAUUUAUCUUUUGUGAGAUAGUAUAAAUAUGUCCUCAUUAAGCACAGAAAUCUAUUUGCUUUUAAACUGGUGGGAAUUUUUUAUUGGUGGUUUUAAAUAAAGAUGAAAAAGGAAUGGCUGUCCUGUUAUACCACC